AUGGAUAACUAUUUGGUGUUGAGUCGAAUCGGACAGGGAUCCUAUGGGGUGGUGCUGAAAGCGAGAAAUGUGCAGACAUCCGAGAUUGUCGCCUUGAAAAAAGUGAAUCUCCGCUCGCGCUCAAGACUCGACAUUCUGCGAGAGUUCUCAACCCUUCGAAAUUGUCACUCAAAACAUAUCGUGAAAUUGAUCGACAUUUUCUGUAGCCAGGACACGUUGACGAUGGUCAUGGAGUUUGUCGAGAGAAAUCUCAAGGUUUGGACCGUCAUCAACGAUCCAAAUCGUGUCAACUCGGAGACGUCGGCUCGUUUCUAUUUCUCGCAACUUCUACGCGGUGUCCGCCAUUUGCAUCAACUCGGCAUCAUGCAUAGAGAUCUAAAGCCAGAGAAUGUCCUUGUGAGUGGCGGGGAUGUCGUGAAAAUUGCCGAUUUCGGACAGGCUUGUUUAUAUUUUGCUGAUGAUCUGAAUAAGGAAUAUGAGGAGCAGGUCGCCACUCGUUGGUAUCGUGCUCCGGAGCUUCUCUUCGGCACUCGUCUCUAUACACCGACUGUCGACAUUUGGGCUACAGGAUGUAUUUUAGCUGAAAUCUGGAAUCGAUCACCCCUAUUCAACGGCCGAAAUGAUUUCGAGCAAAUCGCGAAAAUCUUCGAAAUUCUCGGCACUCCCACUGCGGAAAGUUGGCCUACAUGGACAAAGCUAGCCGACAGUCAAAAGGUGAUUUUCGAGGAGAGGAAAGAGGUCGACAAUUGGAGUAAUGUUGUACCCGGUUCAUCUCCGCUUUUCAUUUCCCUGCUUCGCCUUCAACUCCGCCUUUGUGGAUCAUUGAGAUCCUCAGCCGAUUCUCUGCUUCAACAUGAGUUUUUCACUUUUAAUACAGCUUCAUCAUUGCCAAAAUCAAAUAGUUCAAAGUUU